UCAGUUUUUCUUCAGUUGUAUGAUUCUGAACGGCGCCUCGGGGAGAGAAAAAGAGAAGCCCCCACCGUCGAUCCCGUCGACUAUAGGCACCAUCAAAAAAGUCAAAUCAUCAUCCCCUUGACAAAGAAAAACCCACCUUUUUUCUCUUCACAAUACCAGAGAUUCCAAUAUUCCAUACUAUCGAUCCCUCACCGGUACCCAUCCGCAAAAGCCACACCCCCCAGAGAGAGAGAGAGAGAGCCCAUUGUCUAUCGGACAUAAGAACCCCUCAGUUUGAAAAACACUCACAACAAAAACCCUAACCCAGAAAUGUCGUAAUCUUAUUGUUGCAUUUGAUAAUAAUAAAGAUGAUGAACAGCAGUGCAAACACCAUGAUGCCGCCGUCGUCGUCGGCGGCGGCGAAUAACGCAGCCCAGUCGCCAGGCCUCAAAACGUACUUCAAAACCCCUGAAGGGCGGUACAAGCUCCAGUACGAGAAGACACACCCUGCCGGUCUAAUUCACUACGCCCACGGCAAGACCACCACUCAGGUUACCCUGGCUCCUCUCAAGGAUAAGCCAGUGCAGGCCCCACCGUCAACUUCAUCAAGUAUGGGCGUUAGCAGUGGUGUGAGAUCAGCGGCAGCGAGGUUCUUAGGUGGUGGGAAUGGGAGUCGGGCACUUAGUUUUGUGGGAGGCAAUGGUGCAGGUAGUAAGACUGUAAGUGGUUCUAGUAGGGUUGGAUCACUGGGAGCGUCAAGUUCAAAUAGUUUUGUUGGUACUUCAAAUUUCGAUGGCAAAGGAACUUACUUGGUGUUCAAUGUCGGUGAUGCAAUUUUCAUUAGCGAUUUGAACUCUCAAGAUAAGGAUCCCCUAAAGUCAAUAAAUUUUAGUAAUUCAAAUCCUGUUUGCCAUGCAUUUGACCCGGAUGCUAAGGAUGGGCAUGAUUUGCUUAUUGGGUUGAUAUCCGGGGAUGUCUAUUCAGUGUCACUGAGACAACAACUACAAGAUGUUGGGAAGAAGCUCGUUGGAGCUCAGCAUUAUAACAAAGAUGGUUGUGUUAACAAUAGUCGUUGUACAAGUAUUGCUUGGGUGCCUAAUGGGGAUGGAGCUUUCAUCGUUGCUCAUGCAGAUGGAAAUUUUUAUGUGUAUGAAAAGAACAAAGAAGGUUCUGGUGAUCCUUUAUUCCCUGUCAUCAAGGAUCAAACUCAAUUUUCUGUUGCACAUGCACGUUACAGUAAGAACCCAAUUGCUAGAUGGCAUAUAUGCCAAGGUUCAAUUAAUAGUAUUGCAUUCUCAUCAGAUGGGACCUAUAUUGCUACUGUUGGACGGGAUGGUUAUCUACGGGUAUUUGACUACAAAAAUGAACAACUGAUAUGUGGUGGCAAAAGCUAUUAUGGGGCUCUGUUAUGUUGCUCUUGGAGUGUGGAUGGAAAGUACGUUUUGACUGGAGGUGAAGAUGAUCUAGUUCAAGUUUGGAGUAUGGACAACCGGAAGGUUGUAGCAUGGGGUGAGGGACACAACUCAUGGGUCAGUGGAGUGGCUUUUGAUUCAUUUUGGUCACCACCAAAUUCAGAUGGCUCAGAGGAAAAUGUCAUGUACCGGUUUGGUUCGGUUGGCCAGGACACACAAUUACUUUUCUGGGACCUGGAGGUGGAAGAGAUUGUUGUGCCCCUACGCCGAGCUCCCGGCGGGUCCCCCACUUUCAGCACCGGAAGCCAGUCAUCCCACUGGGACAGUGCCUGCCCAGUGGGAACCCUACAACCUGCCCCAAGCAUGCGAGACGUUCCGAAGCUCUCUCCAGUCGUUUCGCACCGGGUCCACACUGAGCCUCUAUCAGGUGUGAUUUUCACUCAGGAAUCUGUCCUUAGUGUCUGCCGAGAUGGACACAUCAAGAUUUGGACGAGACCCGGAUUUUCCGAAGCCCAAUCAUCAAACGGUUCGGACUCUUUGCUAAAUACCACACUGAAGGAAAAGCAAUUUAGCUACAGACAAUGACGAAAUAGGGAUCUUCGUUAUCUAGACAAACUGGAAACGUACAAUUCUGUUGAAGUGAGGGUCGGUCUCGUCUUUUCAUCUGGUUGGUUUGCACAAAACUGGAAGUUGGUGGCCAUGAAGACUAAUGACGAUAUCUGUUGCGCUAUGAUGUGGAGAAGAGAUUGCAAAAACCCCACUCUGUAAGUAUCUGUCUAAUUUGAUCACAAGAUGCCUGAGCAGAAUAACGGAAGUUGGUUCUUUUAAGUGUAUUAUUGUUUGUAGGGUUUUGUUUUGAUUGACCUCCUCCUCCUUCUUCUUUGGAGUUGAUUAGCUUUUCUCAUCUUAUUGUUAGUAUUUUUUCAGGGAUUGGCAUUCGAUAGUUGUAGUAAAUUUCUAUUAAUAGUAUUCGAUUACCCAUCUUCUGGCA